UAUAGGAAGUGAACGUAAACUAUUAGCUAGGUAGCUUCGGGAAUGUACUGUUAGUCGUAAGUUUACAGUUGUCGCAGACUCCGACGGCAGGUCGAUGGCAACAAAGCAACGCCCUUAAGGACUGAACGGAGGGCUAAUGGCUAACAUGGCUAGAACAGGAGAGAUUAUUCAUUUGAAUGUUGGAGGGAAAAGGUUCAGUACCUCAAGGCAGACCCUCACAUGGGUUCCCGAUUCAUUUUUUUCAAGCCUCCUUAGUGGCCGCAUUUCCACACUGAAAGAUGAAACGGGGGCAAUCUUUAUAGACAGAGAUCCAUCUCUUUUUGCACCCAUUCUCAACUUUCUUCGCACCAAAGAACUGCAUCCCAGGUCAAUCAAUGUACAUCUGCUGAUGCAUGAAGCUGAGUUCUAUGGGAUCACACCAUUAGUUCGGAAGCUCCAACUCUGUGAUGAGUUUGACCGAUCAUCCUGUGGAAAUGUCCUUUUCAAUGGUUACCUCCCCCCCCCAGUGUACCCAUCAAAGAGGCAGAAUCGACACAGUGUGGCAGGGCCACAGUUCAUGAGUGGACGUUCGGGCCCUAUGGACAGGACACCUGUAAGACGCAGUAACACUAUGCCACCUAAUUUUGGCCAUGCUGGUAUCUUGGGAAAAGUUUUGGUUGAGGAAAGACUUGGUGGGCAGGUUGGUGACCCUGGAAUGGUCCGUAUAAUAUGCGGCCAUCACAACUGGAUUGCUGUGGCCUAUGCACAGUUUGUUGUCUGUUACAGGGUGAAGGAAUCCUCAGGCUGGCAGCAGGUCUUCACCAGCCCACGGCUUGACUGGGUGAUCGACAGGGUGGCACUCAAUGCAAAGGUCAUGGGUGGUUCCUUGGGAGAUAAUGACAAGAUGGUGGCAGUGGCCUCAGGCACUGAGAUCAUACUGUGGGCUAUUUGUCCUGAUGGCAAUGGCAGUGAAAUUGGUGUCUUUAGCCUGAAUGUGCCUGUUGAGGCACUCUUCUUUGUGGGGAAUCAACUCAUUGCAACUAGCCACACUGGAAAGGUUGGGGUGUGGAAUGCUGUGACCAAACACUGGCAGAAUCAGGAUGUUGUUCCCAUUAAUAGCUAUGACACGGCUGGUUCCUUUCUGCUUUUGGGAUGUAAUAAUGGAUCUAUUUAUUAUAUCGAUGUCCAGAAAUUCCCCUUAAGGAUGAAAGACAAUGAUCUGUUGGUAACCGAGCUCUAUCGUGAUCCCAGCGAAGAUGCCAUCACUGCCCUCAGUGUGUACCUCACACCGAAAACAAGUGACAGUGGGAACUGGAUAGAGAUUGCCUAUGGUACCAGCUCUGGUACUGUGCGUGUCAUUGUUCAGCACCCAGAGACUGUGGGUUCUGGACCCCAGCUGUUUCAAACAUUUUCUGUCCACCGUAGUCCUGUCACAAAAAUCAUGCUGUCAGAAAAGCACCUCACUUCAGUCUGCGCAGACAAUAACCAUGUGCGCACAUGGACAGUUACACGUUUCCGGGGCAUGAUUUCCACCCAGCCUGGUUCCACACCGCUCUCCUCUUUCAAAAUCUUGGCCCUGGAGGACAUUGAUGGGCAUGGGGGCUGUAGUGCUGGCACAGACAUAGGACCUUAUGGUGAGAGAGACGACCAGCAGGUGUUCAUCCAGAGAGUGGUCCCAGACACAGACAAGGUCUUUGUGCGCUUCUCUUCUAAUGGAAAGAGGGUGUGUGAAGUACGCUCAGUGGACAGCACUUCAAUCACAGCGUUUGUGGUGCACGAGUGCGAGGGUUCGAGCCGCAUCGGCUCCCGUCCACGACGCUACCUCUUCACGGGCCAUAGUAAUGGCAGCAUCCAAAUGUGGGACCUCACCACUGCCAUAGAGAAUGUUGGGAAGGUGGACACUACAGGUCUUGGAGGACCAACGGAAGAGGAGCUCCUGCAACUUCUGGACCUGUGUGACCUGGCACUAACUCGCACCCCUGACAUGAGCCCAGCUGCUUCCUUCACACAUUCCUCCCACCGUGCUUCCACUAGCAGUCUGCAGUCCCAGGCCAGUGAGAAUUCUCGAGAUCGCAGUGUUAGGGCCGUGGGCCCUUUCUUUGGCAGCCUUCCUCGCCAGAAUCCACCAGUGUCCCUAAAUAAACCUCGGGACAUGGGCUUGGGUGGUGCUAUGGGUGGACUGUCCCUGCACCCGCACCACAUGGGUCUCAGUCAGGCCUCCCUGAGCAGCACUUGCAGCACACGUCCUCCUCAGGGCACCCUUGAGAGAAGGUCUCCAUCAUGCGCUAAGGACAACCUGGCCCCUCUGCGACGGGGCAGCUUUGUGGAGCGCUGCCAGGAACUGGCCAAAAGUUCGGAACUGGUUGGUCCGGAGGGAGGGCGUCGUAGUCUGGCUGUAUGCAGCGAGCUGGAAGCCAGGUUCAGCUUGAGAACACCCUCCUCCUUUUCCUCUACUGCCAGUGCAGCCUCCCCAUCCCUACACAAAAUGGGAACAUCUGCACCGAACCCUGCCCCUGCUGCCAGUGCAGCCCGAUCCCAGCCACCUUCAUCUCCUCGCCAGGCCAGCUCCUCUGAGACAUCACCAAACCAUGCCUCUGCAACGGCGGACAUCCCUGCUUCCACAUCCUCCAUCAGCUCAAAACCUCCCAUGAAUGAGACCAGUUUCUGAAAAGCCCAUCUCAGUUUCCCACAGACAUUUCUAACAUGCAGCAUCUUCCCUAGGUGAUUUUCUUAGUAUUUGGUGUGACGUUGAACUUCUCUCCCUUUACUCUGUUCCCUGGAGCAGUGCGGGUGAGGUGCACUGGCAGGAAUCAUUCUGCGGUCUCGCAGGUCCUCAAGCACUGACACGGGUGAGGUUUAGAUGUCAUUCCAAAGUUCCAGCAGACCGAGCAGUGCUGUGUAAGGGUCUUUCUUUACUGCUUCAAAGCCAAAGAUUUUUCUGUACAAUGGGCCUUUCCUUACCACUGUGCCUGUGGGUCAUGUCAGGCAUCAUUAUUAUUUUUAUGUAAAAUAAAAAGAAAAACUUGGCAUGCAUGCAAAGAGGGGUUGCAUACACGCUGCCAGUGUCCUUUCUUCAUGCAAGAACCUUCUGAAUAUUUUAAAACAUCAUCUCAACCUGUGAUUCAUUUGUAAGUUAUUGUGAAUAUACAUAAUAAAUACUUGUGGUUUUGCAGUGAGAAAGAGAGGAAGUGUUCUGCACUGAUGGAUUUCAUCAUGGGUGCACUAGCUAAGGGUACGUCAUCUACCUGACGACCAAAGACUUAAGCCUUCAGGACCCAUUACAGUAUCGAGUGCAUUACUUGGUUUCCUGCAAGUUAUAUUUCUGUCCUGGAAAUUCAUGAUAUCUUAAUGAAGUGUGUGUAACCUAGGGGAUCAUGGCAAUAUUCUGCUUUUAGCAGAAUGGGCAGCUUGUAGUACAGUGAUUAAUGCUGCUGCCUUUGGACCCAAAGAUUACAGGUUUGAAUCCUACCUCCAGCUGUCAUACUCU